AUGUAUGAAUCCUUACAGGUUGCUAAGAUAUGCAGCAAGGCCUCGACGGCAUUCCAGACAUGUCGGGACACCCUCACUACGAUGACCGCUGCUAUCCCCGAGCUGGACCCUAGAGUGCUUGGAGGUCUCUGCAGCUACAGUCAUCUAUGUGGUCAAAUCUGCGCUUUUGAGUUGGCUGCGAGCCGUUCGGGAUCGAGGAAUCUUCUCGCGAAGUUGGCCAUGCAGGUUGACGCAGAUGCUAUACCAGUACAAAAAAUGCUCAGGGGUUCUGAUGGACUUGGUCAUUUGAUCAACCAUGUGAUGGUGGUUGGUCCUAUGUAUCGGGCUAGGGCUAACACUCUUAUGGCCUCAGCCGAGUUCGAGAUGGAACAUUUUGGUGUUGCCAAUGCCUGGGCUGACCGAGCAAUGGCUGCAGUGAGGGAAACGGAGGCUGCCUUACACCAGGUAACGGCGCCGCAUAUGCGGCUCACUGUUGAGACUAUCAUCAAUAAAGUGAAGGUGGAAUGCGAGAAGAUUAUAAAGGAGAACAGGAUGGUCUAUUUCGAGCCUCCCCCUAAGGAGAUGCCGUCUAUAGUUCCUGUGAGCGCGAUCAAGCGUACUCCACCAGGCGUACCAGUACGGGAGCUUCUGCAGCUGUACAAGACUCCAGUCCCCUUUGCUCCUGAGGAGUUCAUACUGAAUCGGAGUAACGUGUCGGUGUCCUCUUCUGGGGGCUCGGUAUCGGAUAAGUCGACUCAACACCUGAACACGUCCGAGACAUUGCCUCAAGUGCAGAUUUUUCCCAAUGCGAGCUCAGCAGCCAUGUAUGCUGCGAAUGGUAACUCUCAGAGUGGCCAGUUUAGUGGUGUGCAGACGACCCCCACCCGUUGA